AUGCCCGACUCGAUGGGCCUGGACGAUUCUGUACCUAUCAAAACCCUCCUUGUCACCGUCUUUGAGUCCGUAGUAGAAGUAUUCUUACUAUGUCUAGCUGGAUACAUUCUCUCAAAAGCUGGUGUUACCGAUAAGGCGACUCAGAGGAAAUUGAACGUUAUCAAUGUUUCAUUAUUCACCCCGGCUCUGCUCUUCUCCAAAGUAGCAUACUCAUUGACCCCCUCUAAAUUGAAAGAAAUGUGGAUUAUACCUUUAGGCUUUGUCGUGGUCACUGGACUAUCUGCUGGGGUUGCAUGGGUGUUAGCCAAAUUGUUCAAGUUGAAGAAAUCACAAACGGCCUAUGCUAUGUGUGCUGCCAUGUUCCAGAACAGCAAUUCAUUACCUAUCGCUCUCAUCCAAUCCCUCGUCAUCGAAGUGCCAGGUUUGAAAUGGGGUAAAGAUGACACGAAAGAUCAGAUGUUGGGUCGAGCUUUGACUUACCUGGUUUUGUAUUCCACUUUAGGAAUGAUGUUACGUUGGUCAUGGGGUGUAAAAUUGUUAUCUCAAGCGGAUGACGAAGCUCUUGAAGUAGAAGAAGAAGUGCACCGACCACUCGUCCAUGAUCAUACCGUACAAUCACCCGAAGCAUUAGCUCCUCAUCCAGGAGCAAGGGAGACCGAUCCGUUCUUCACUACAGCUAACAAUAUCAACCACGACGAAGAGGAUGAAAGGCGAAAUCCCACCGGUCAAUUUAUCGUAUCUUCUCCAUCCGGUAUAGUCGAAGAACCUGAUUCACCUGCUCAGCCAUUCACCGCGCCAGGCUCAGCACAUUCGAUGCAUCCUCCACUGGUCAAGCGGGGAUCGACCGCUGGUCAAAGCGUGAUGAGCAGAAGAAGCUCGACGUACAGUCAACAUAGGAAGAAGUUGAACAGGACCGAAAGUGGUAGAGAAUUUUGGGGAUUACCCGAACAGCCUAAAAUGCACCAUAUAGCUUUGAUCGAGGAGGACAGUAGUGAGAGUGAACAUGAGGAUGAGGAAUGGGGUACUCUCACACCUUCCCUUCGUCGUCGACCACUCGAACCUCCCAGGUCUCCCUUCCAGUCUUUGAUGUUGAAAGUAAAGAAUCGUUCCAAGUCAUCUCUAAAAGCUAUCAACGACUUCAUGACUGUUCCAAUGUACGCCGCUCUGCUAUCGAUCUUUAUCGCUAUGAUCCCUCCAUUACAAGCCCAGAUGGCUAGGAUCAAACCUUUGGAACAAGCUAUCAAAGGUGCUGGGCAAUGUUCUAUCCCUGUUACAUUGGUAGUGCUAGGAGCAUUCUUCUAUACUCCACCCGAGGUGAAACCGGGGUCAGGUACGAUUCAUCUACCCCGAUCUGAAGAUAAGAAGUCAAGCGGUUUCUUGGGGUAUAUCAAAUCCUUCUUUGGUCACGAUGAAGCUUAUUCGUCAAACGAUAAAUCAAAGUCGUAUCCAGGAGAGAACAAAACUGUCUUCGUAGCGGUUAUAAGUCGGAUGAUCAUCGUCCCACUUUUGAUGUUACCCGUCUUAGCUUUGAUAGCUAAAUUCGAUCCGUUCGAAGCUGCCGAAGAUCCGGUGUUUAUCCUAUCUGCCAUCUUACUGGUAUCUUCGCCACCUGCCUUGACGCUUGCUCAGAUCACGCAGGCUGCUUCAGGAGAUGCAUUUGAGAGAUUGAUCAGUAAGACAAUCAGUUGGAGUUAUGCUGUAUUGACACCUCCAUUGACGUUAGUGUAUGUUGUGAUCGGAUUGGUAUUUGGGAGAUUGUGA